CAUCCGCCGUUAAACCACAAAAGAAGAAGAAGUUAGCUUAGUCUUCUGUCUGAAGCGCUUGCUGCCGGGAAAACGUGGUUAUCGCUAUGUUUUGGAUAUCUUUGAUUACUCCUCAUUGUUUGAGUUGGUAAAAUAACGGAAUCAAAUGGCCACUAAUGACCAGUCCAUGAUUUUUUUGUGUGCGCUGCACCGAUCGAUCUCCAGAAGUUUUCUGACAUAGAUGUCGUCCGUCAGCCACCGGUGUUUGACAGCAGUACAGAAACUCGCCGCUAGGUGUCGCCAUUUAUUUGCUGAUGGUACCACAUUGAGAAUGGAGGACGCUGAGGAACAAAAAGUCUUUCAUCUUCAUGGGGAAGCCAGAGACGACAUAUUCUUCAUUGAAAAUUAUAGUAGCUCAGACGAUGAGGAAGAACCUGACUUAAGUGAUUCAAGCAAACUGUUUGCAAAGAUCAACAAGGCCAGCUCUGGGCUGCCUCUGCUGGCGUUCUCCAUCACCUCUAGAAAGGCUCAACAGAACACAGAGCAGGCCUCCAGAGCUGACCUGGAGGAACGAGAGGAGGACAGCGAUUUCUCUGUGGAGGAGUGGAUGAUCUUGGAGGGAGAAGAUCAGGUGGAGGACUCAAGCAUCCAACUCAAUCUGAGGAGCUGGACUCAGGAGGCCUGCAGAGGUGUGACAGAUGAGAGUGUUACAUCCCAAAAUGAUACCUGGGCUGUAUCAGACAAAGACAAGUAUGGUUCUGAUCAAUCUUUGGUCAGCCGAUAUUUCUUCCCUGGGCGGUCCUCCUUUUGCCACCGCUGCUUCAAGACGGGACAUGCUGCCAAAAGUUGUUUUCUUGACAAGAAAAGUCCUACUUGUGUUCUUUGUGGGACUCAAGGCCACAUCCAGAAAAACUGCCCGGGCUGCCCCUGUCCGGACUGCGGCCUGCCUUCUCAUGGCGUCCGUCCCUGCGGGAUACCACCAGUGUGGAACCAACACUGCAGACGUUGUGGGAUGAGAGGCCACCUUUCCUUUACUUGUCCGGAUACAUGGCGCCAGUACCACCACACAGUCAGACCAGGUGCUCCUCUCAGAUCGAAGUCUGUCUUUCGUAAAAGUCGUGCACAUUGCUACAACUGCUCCAAACGGGGACACUAUGGCUAUGAGUGUGUGAGGAUACGGAUGGUCAGGGGGACCUUUCCAACGCUGCCUUAUGUUUGCCAUUAUGACUCACUGGAGGAUGUUCUUCAGCAUCAGACCAGGAGGCAGAUGGGGGCAAAGGGACAAGAACACUUGGAAACAUCAGAUGAGAAUGAGUCUUUGUUCCAGGGAAGAAAUAAAACCAAGCAAGGGACAAGUGGACGGAGGAAGACGUGGCCGGAGAGGCGGAGAGAAAGACGCCAAGUGAAGAAACUUAGGAGGAAGGCCCAAGCGGUCAGGGAAGGCGGGCUCCUGGGAAGGUCUUGCUUUGACCGUGAGGAUGGAAGCGGUUCAGCUGACUUGUCAAAAAAAGCCCUCCCGAAUAACAGGCGGUCCAUACACCCUUCUGAGAAAAAAACAAACAAGAAGGAGCUGAAUGGUAGAAAAAAAUGGAAAAGCAAACUCAUAGAUGUACGAAGGAAGAAAAAGAUGAAGCGAAAGGACUUGCAUCCAUACGAGGAUGAGAAUUUAGGAGGUGAAAAAGUUUUCUCUCCAAAUCAGAGAGUCCGUCACAGACGCUAAUAAAUGAUUCAAAUGUAUUUUAUUUUUAAAGAAUAUGACUUUGUUUUUGUUCAUCUCAAAACAAACUAAAAUGCUGUAUUUUUGUAUUUGUAUAAAAAAAAUAAUGCAUUGUGCUUUUAGUUAUGUUUAUGAACAAUUAAAAAAGAUUGUACUAUCACAAUAGAUCCUUUUGUAAUUAAACGGACUAUAAUACCUUU